AUCCGACUCCCUCAACAUGGGAAGGGCCAUCUGGCUUGGCCGGCACCGGCCAAGAGAGCUUGGCAACAUCAGACAUUCAUCAGCAAGCACCAAUUUGCUAGCUAUCACCGCUGGCAAGACAUGGGCCUCAUGGAUGACUAUCACAGCUGGCAAGACGUGGACAUGAAUGGCGUCCAGCUAGACCCAGCAGGUCGUUUAAAGCGCUACACCGGCUCGAAAAUGCUUUCACCCGCUCGAAUAACAAGGAGACAGCAACCCAAACAAUUCGGUCUCCGUUCUUCUCCUCAGAGAAUAUUGAAUCAGAACCACGAAACAGAUGAGCGAGAUCUCCGUGUGCUGCUCGGCUACGCCGCGGAUGCGUGGGCAUCGAAACCGUUGCGGGAACAUCUCUCAAAUAUAGAGGUGCUUCACCCUCCAAGGUUUGUCUGCCUGGAAGGCAAGCAGAUGCAUCGUGACGAAUUACCCAUCAAGUUCCAUUUGGGGGUAUCCAUAUUCGAUACAAGAUCCCUGGAGCUCCUUCAAAAGGGUGAAAUGGAUCUAGAGAAAGCCGUGGAAUCUCACCAUUAUCUGGUUCAUGACCCAAUGUUCCACCCCUUGAAUAGUAUCGACUUCUUGUGUGGAACCCCGGAGAUGGCCACCGAUCCUGAGAUCGCGGAGAUGCUCAAGAAACUGUGUUCACCGCCUAACAUCCUCGUGACCUACGGGCCUAAGAGGGAGCACCGGGCGUUGAAAAAGCUGGGUUUAGACCUAUCUCGCACAUACGUCUUCGACAUAUCCAACAUGGCCCUGAGUAUGUUCGAUAUUCCCUACGCCAUGCCCCUGCAGUGGCUGCUACAGAGACUAGAAAUACCGUUCGACGAAGAGCUUCUACACGUGGCGGGCAACGACGCCCAUUUCGCACUCCGAGCUAUGCUCAUGAUGGUCGCCCUAGAUGCAGAGAAGCACCCGACUCCUCGCAAAGUACCGACAUGGGUGCCGACGUUUAAAGCAAUUGCCAACGCCAAACUCCCUGAUUGGGACCCUCAGACACAGUGGUCCACUCAGGCAUGGUAUCGCGAGCAAGAGGAUCGCCUUCGUCAACGCAGAGACAUAGAGCAUCGCAUUGCUAAAGAAAGAUAUGAACAGAAAAAAGGGCGACGACAACAUCAAGAAUUUGUACGAGGCAAUGAAGAGAGAAAAAGGUAUCUUGAACAUCUAAAAGCCCGGGCUGCUUAUUUGGAGGAGUUGCGUGCUACUGAAGAAGUAGCGGAGGCUUGA